ACCCUUCCCCCCCCCCCCCCCAAAAAAAAAGAAUACAAUCUUCAGUCACAUUCUGUGUCAGGUUUUAAGCAGAAAAAAAAAAAAAAAAGAAACCAUGAAAUCCUCUCGCCGAUUUUGCAAUUUCGGCUACUCAUCAUCAACCACUGUUACCUUUACUUUCCACAGUGACCACUCUGAUUCUCCUCCUCAACCUCAAGAAUCCAAAGAAAUCCCCAUCGACACCCCUGUCCCAAUCACCGUCCAUCUCCCCCAGGACGCUGCCGCCUCCAAGAUCCAAUCAGCCUACCGCGCCCACGUCAUCCGCAACCUCUACAAGCAAAUCUCAGCUGUCAAUUCCGAGGCCAACCGUCUCCAACACUUAAUCCAACGGCAGGAAACAGUAGACUCCAUCAGGAGCAAUGACCGGGAGAAGCUGAAGAUGGACGAGAUGCUGAUGCGUCUUUUACUAAAGCUCGACUCAGUGCCAGGGAUUGAUCCGACGGUGAGGGAAGCGAGGAGGAAAGUGAGCCGUAGAAUCGUGGGGUUGCAGGAGAUAGUGGAUGGGAUAUCGGAAGCAAAAGUUGACGGCUAUGACAAUUACUACGGAGGGUGGAGUCCAUGUGGGAUAUUUUCGAUGAGGGAUUGUGAUGUAGUGGUGGAGGAGAUGGAGAAGCAAGUUUGCAGAGAGAGAGGUGGCCCAGAAAUGGAGAGGUUCUGUGCCGAGUAUUUGGGGUUCAGAUGCUUGCAAAGGUUUCUCCGGGAGUAAUCAAAAUUUCCACUCUGUUUUGCAGCUUAUUGUAUAAACAUGUGUCUAUGCUUUGUAUAAUGUAUCAGAAUUAGACGCAAAUAUUUUGUUUUUGCAAGAUUUAAUCCUAAACUUUAAAGCAAAAUAAGGUGUCUUAAAUCAAACUGCCAAAUCAUAAAGCAUAGUGUAUUAGAUAUUUAGAUUAGCACACUAUAAAAAUAAACAAGUACAAAAAAAAAAAAAA